AGAUCUGCACCACUAUAAGCACAAUGUCAGCUUCACACUUUUUGCAAAACAAUACACACAGUGAUUUGCAAAACACUAAACACACUUAACAUACAUUACACACAAAAAUCUAUCAUGAAGUCACGUCCUUGCAAUACCAAAGCACUGACUGUCAAAUUACCACACCGUCCAACCAAUUGGUUCAACACAGUCAUCAGGUGUGCAAACACUUGUUUGCUUAAUUGCAGACACAACAAUCAGGUGUGUAAGCACUAUAAAAAGCAGUAGGUGAGUUCAGCGUUCUCCAAGCACAAUGGAAAGAGUCAGAGAAAGAGUAAGACGACGAGGAGGAGGAGGACGAGGAGAACGAGGAGGAAGAGGAAGAGGAAGAGGAAGACAAGAAGGUGCUCAAAGAGGACCGAAUCUGACAAAUGAGAUCCGCGCAACACUGGUUGACCACGUUGUCAACCACGGCCUGACGCUGAGGGAGGCUGGACUGCGAGUACAGCCAAAUCUAAGCCGAUAUACAGUGGCAAGUGUGAUGAGAACAUUUCGACUGGAAAAUAGGUAUUGUAAAAAUAUCAUCAUAUCAAAAACAUCUGCACGGUUUCAGUCACUGCUUACAGUACUGUAUUCUAUGCACUAUCAGCACUUCUGUUACCUUUUCCUGUGAAAUUACUGUACUAUUGUAUACUGGGUUUUUUUCUACAUAGGAUUGAGGGUCAGGGACGACAAGGGGGAAGGCCUCCUAUGUUCACAGAACAGCAAGAGAGGGAGAUAGUAAACAUGGUUUUGGCCAACAAUGCUAUAACACUCAAGCAGCUCCAAGCUAACAUUGUCAAUAACCACGCCAUUUUCAAUGAUAUCCAUCAGGUCUCAACAUCAACACUGGCACGCAUCCUAAAAAAGAAACAUAUUCAAAUGAAGCAAAUUUAUCGAGUGCCUUUCGAGCGCAAUUCCGAAAGGGUAAAACGACUGCGGCAUGAUUAUGCAGAGAGAGUUUUACGAAUGGAUGGAGAGGAGAUCCAGCAUGAGUUCAUUUACGUAGAUGAGGCUGGGUUCAACCUGACGAGAACACGAAGGAGGGGAAGAAACAUCAUUGGCCACAGGGCUAUAGUCAAUGUCCCAGGGCAACGUGGGGGUAAUAUAACACUCUGUGCAGCCAUUACACAGAAUGGGGUCCUCCACCGCCAUGCCCAUAUGGGCGCUUACAACACAGCACUCAUACUUACAUUCUUGGACCAAUUGCGCAACAUAACAGCAGCAAAUCAAAUAAAUCAUAUGCAAUACAUUGUUGUCUGGGACAAUGUGUCUUUCCAUCGCUCUGCUCUGGUUCAGAACUGGUUUCAGCAACAUCCACAUUUCACCGUCUUAUAUCUUCCACCAUACUCUCCAUUCCUCAACCCUAUAGAAGAGUUUUUCUCGGCAUGGCGGUGGAAGGUAUAUGAUCUCCGUCUCCAGGCUGAGGUACCCCUCAUCCAAGCCAUGGAGGAGGCCUGUGACCAGAUGGAGGUAGCAGCAAUGCAAGGAUGGAUUCGUCAUUCAAGACGUUUCUUUCCAAGGUGUCUUGCUAAUGACAACAUUGCCUGCGAUGUUGAUGAAAUUCUCUGGCCAGAUCCAGCUAGGCGAAGAGACAAUGUCUAGUUGUUGUUUUUUAACUUACAAUAC